UGGCGAAGUUGGCGAAUUGUUAUCGCGCGUUCCAACAAGUGAGGAAGUUUAUGGUGCAACACAACUCACCUCAUUUAGACAUUUAACAUUUCUAGCAAGUUUUUGAAAGUUACACAGAAUUUUCCAGCACAUAAAUAUUCAAAUUCAUCAUUUUACUAGUCAAUUUUUGCGCUUUAAACUUUAAUGUAAAUAUAAAAUUCAAAUAAAUAAUACUUGUGCGUGUUAUUCUUGUAAACGAUUUAAUAAAAUUAAUAAAAUAAAACUUUUAUAAUGAUUUCUAAGAUCGCACUUCGAUCAACAAGCGCGUCGGCACUUUAUAACUACAACUAUAAAAACACAAUCGUAAACGGCGCGCGACAACUUCACGUGUGGAAUAAUCGUCAGAAUGCAUUAUUGGCGAACGAUAAUAAAAGAAAUGUGAUAACUCAGGUACGCAACGCGAGUGAUAUCGUGACGUCACCGUUCGCAAACGUAAAAAUUCCCCACACCAACUUGGUCGAUUACGUUUGGGGCAAAACCGAAGAAUUCACCGAGUUGCCUUCUGCGACAUGCGGAGUCAGCGGGAGAAGUUACACUUACGGAAUGAUGCGGAUGUUGAUAAACCGAUGCGCACAAGCCCUUAUCGGUCAUUGUGGGAUGAAAUCCGGCGAUGUUGUCGGCCUCCUUUUGCCCAACAUUCCGGAAUAUAUGAUUGUUUGUCACGGUGCCUUCGAGGCCGGCCUCGUUGUUACUUUUGUUAAUCCUUUAUAUACGCCAGAUGAAAUCAAACGUCAAUUUGAAAACGCUGGUGUAAAAAUGAUUAUCACAAUUGAAAUGCUCCUCGAUGUUGCAAAUACCGUCGGUCCCCAACUACCGGGAUACCGUACCACAAUUUGCGUAGGCGGAGAAGACGAUCCUAGCAAAAAUAUUCACGGUUUACAAAGUCUACUCAUGGGCGGAUAUGAAGCUGAACUGCCCGGAAUUAAUCCGAUGGAAACAUGCCUGCUUCCGUACUCAAGUGGAACUACCGGAUUACCAAAAGGUGUAAUGUUGUCACACUAUAAUCUCGUUUCGAACUUGGUGCAAGGUGACAUUCCGCCGAUAAUGGAAAAGGUUGAGCCAGAAAAUCAAGACAAAGUACUCACUGUUUUACCAUUCUUCCAUAUUUAUGGUUUCAACGGUAUUAUGAAUGUCGCUGUUAUGAAGGGUCUGCACUUAAUUACUUUACCAAAAUUCACACCAGAAGAUUAUAUUAAAGCUCUAGUGGAGCAUCGACCCACUUACCUAUUUGUUGUGCCUUCGUUAAUGCUGUUUUUGGCUUCGCAUCCGGCUGUAACUAGAGAUCAUCUGAGUUCUAUUAAAAAUGUUACCUCGGGUGCGGCGCCAGCCACCGAGGGCUUGAUUGCUAAGUUUCGCGAGAAGGUUGGACGUGAAGAUAUCCAUAUUAGACAAGGCUAUGGAAUGACUGAAAGUUCUCCGGUGUCAAUUUUCAUGCCGCUUAUGACUCCCAGAUCAAAAAUUAACACCGUGGGUGUUUUAUAUCCCAACACAGAGGCGAAAAUUAUUAGUUUAACAACUGGCGAAGCGCAAGGAACACAUAAAUCUGGCGAAUUGUUGAUUAGGGGACCACAGGUGAUGGGUGGGUACCUCAACAAUGAGAAAGCGACGGCCGAGACGCUCGAUGAGGACGGAUGGCUGCAUACGGGCGACGUUGCUUACUACGACGAAGAUAACUACUUCUACAUCGUCGACAGAUGCAAGGAACUUAUCAAAGUCAAAGGAAAUCAGGUAUCGCCUACUGAAUUAGAAAACCUCAUCUUGGAAAUUCCCGGCGUGGCUGACGUCGCCGUCGUUGGCAUUCCAGACACGCUCGCUGGAGAAUUACCGCGUGCAUUCAUUGUGGUCAAGCCCGGCGCCAAGCUAGCCGAGGAAGAUAUCACGCAGUAUGUCAACCCCAAGGUUACUCACUACAAGAAACUCGCCGGCGGCGUGCGAUUCAUCGAGACUAUUCCGCGUAACCCGAACGGCAAGAUACUGAGGAACGAACUUAAGCUGCGCUCCUAAUUCUAAAGCUUUAUUUAUUUAUAUGUCGGCCAUGUUAUUUUUCACCGUGUAAAUACUGUUGCAAGAUCAGAGAACAUUUAUAAUACGGUAGCUCACUUUAUAUUUUUAUAAUUUUAUCGAAUAAUUUGUUAUAUAAAAUUGUUAUUUUUCUUGUUGAUAAUUAUAAUAAAAUAUAAGUUUUAAAUUAGUAA